GUAUUAGCAGUGGUCGCAUUACGUAAGGCAGAUGUGUGGUGAGAAAAGGGGAAACAGAAGUGUUAGUGUAGCGGAAGUGGUACUGCCCUGAACGAUACGCUGAGCGAGACGAAGGACGGAGGUUGAAUUGCCCAGUGUGAGAGGAAAAAAAAAAGCUGCAUUAUAAGUCGCCAAUAUUUCUAGAAAAUGGAUAAGAACGACCUGGUACAGAAGGCCAAGCUUGCUGAGCAGGCUGAGCGCUAUGAUGACAUGGCCGCAGCCAUGAAGUCGGUGACAGAGCAAGGUACUGAGCUGUCAAAUGAGGAGCGCAACUUGCUUUCUGUUGCCUACAAGAAUGUGGUAGGAGCACGUCGCUCAUCCUGGCGUGUCAUCUCCAGCAUUGAGCAGAAGACUGAGGGCAAUGACAAAAAACAGCAGAUGGCACGUGAAUACCGGGAGAAGAUUGAAUCUGAGCUGCAAGAAAUCUGCCAUGAUGUGCUCGGGCUACUGGACAAGUAUCUCAUUGUCAAUGCAUCUGCUGCUGAAAGCAAGGUGUUCUAUCUGAAAAUGAAAGGCGACUAUUAUAGAUACCUGUCUGAGGUUGCGUCUGGAGAUACUAAGAAGGAUACAGUGGACAAUUCCCAGCUGGCAUACCAGCAAGCUUUUGACAUUAGCAAGGGGGAAAUGCAGCCAACACACCCUAUCAGGCUUGGCCUGGCCCUCAACUUCUCAGUCUUCUACUAUGAAAUCCACAACAACCCGGAUAAGGCCUGCAGCCUGGCGAAGACGGCAUUUGAUGAAGCCAUUGCUGAACUUGACACUUUGAACGAGGACUCUUACAAAGACAGCACCCUGAUCAUGCAGCUACUAAGGGACAACCUCACUCUGUGGACAUCAGAACACCAGCCAGAAGAGGGAGACACCCAAGAAGGGGAAGCUAAUUGAAUUGCACUGUUAAUCCACCCACACUCUUAUCUUAAACACAGACAGCUUAUAUACAUCCCCCUCCACUCCAUCAGCCCCUCCCACUUCUCUAUGACAAGCAGCCCGAAUUGCUCCUGUCCAACUAGUUUACCCCUCUCAGUUCAUUGUGAGGUGACAGGGUAAUUUUCACUUGUUAGCGGAUUCAUUUUGUGGAAACAUGUUGUAUUGAUCAGUGAGUCCAUGUUGCUGUUGUUUUUGUCAGCUUUGUGUGUCUGUAUGUGGUGAAUGAGCAAGUGUGAAUGGAUGUGAAAGUGUGUGCAUAUGGGGGUGGGAGGUUGUGAAUUCUAAUCCUCCUUCCAAACUCCUUUGUCCCAGCUAGUUUGUUGUGCAUUAUUUCCAUCCCUUUUUUGUUACUUUUUUAUUUGUGAUUCCUCAUAAUAUUUACAGGUCAUGGUAAUUAAACUGGCAGUUAAUUUCCACCAAACACUGUGACAGUAGGCGUUCCAUUUGCUUCACAACCCCAAAACAAUUUUGUGUUUGAAAUUCCAGACGUGCAAUGCUGAAUUCAACUUACUGCAAUUCUGCUGUGGGCUCAUACAGAAGAGAGGCAAGCUGUAUUGUGACACUGACAUCUUGGUGUAAUGCUCCUUGAUCAUGUUCACAAAUUCAGUUUCAAAGUUGAUAGGGACCCAUUGUUUUUUUUUUUUUCCUCUUCAGACACAAGACAUUCCACCUUAGGAUUCUGAAAAUGCAGUGCUCUUUUUUUUUCUUCUUUUUUUAUAAAGUAUGGAUUAUCAUUGUAGUUUUAGUCACUGUUCAGGUGCUGCUUGAUCUCAGUACAUUGAAAAUUGUAUGUGCGUAAAUGUAGUUCCAUGUAUUUUGCAAGAUUGACUAUCAUCUGUAUGUAAAACCUAAAGUAACCUUUUAUUGAUGUUGAUUGAAAAUGUCUGACCACACUGUAUCAAUACUGCUUGCAAAAUAUUCCUCUUAAAGCGGUUGUUUUCUCCUUAAAAAAAAAUUGUGCCUGGCUUUCUCUUACAGCAUCUAUUUUCAUUUCGGUGGCAGCAUCUGCUUGUUGUUUUUAGAAAGUUAGACCAGUCAGAUGUAAAAUUGGUAAAUGUUGACUUCAGUUUUUACCCAGGUGCACCACUUUGCUGUUAAAGAUAGCUGUUGUGAAUGAUAACCUUAACAAUCAGGUCUAUCGUGAAGGUGUAAUUUGGAGAAAAACUUUGGAAAAGAAGCUCAGUGUCACAAUACCAUGUAUCACCACUACAUUCCAUAUACUGUAGUUGAUGCCAUUCCACAUUAUAGCUGACAGUCUGUUUACUCUGACAAUGCUCCCAUGAAUUGAAAUAAUCUUCUGUUGAAAAAAAAGUCAGUUUAUUAUGCUUGAUGAAAAUGCAGUUAGUGAAUGUGGAACGAAGCCUGUCUGUAUAUCAGGUAUCUACUUGCUUUGUUUUUACUGACAAGUCUUAUGGCUAAAAAUUGCUUCUGUAACAGUCUAUUACACAGUGCACACACGUGGUUGUGAACAUUUAGAUUAGCUCUAAAAAGCAAUGAUGAAAUGGAAAUAAUGGUUUGGUGUAAUUCUAGCUUUGUGUUUAUGUAUCUUAAAACCAUUCUAGUUCCACUAUACAUGUAAGAAAUAGGAAAGUGUCAAAGACCAUUCAGUGAAAUAAAGUUUCGUUUAAGAUAACAGA